AUGUCACUAGCAUCCCAAAUGGAUCUACCUGAAGAAAUUCAGCAUCCAUAUACAAAAUUUUCUGAAUGGAAAUUCAAGCUCUUUAAAGUGCGAUCAUUUGAAAAAAUGCCCUCUGAUGACAGGCAGCACAUAAACAAAGAUCAGGCAGAAGGGAUUGCUUCUUCAAACAAAGAAAUCAUACUGCAUAAAGAUGAAGCAGUGUCAAGAGAAGAAAAGAUGGAGUUAAUGAGCAAUAGGCAGGCACUUGAGAAAGAGGCCCAUGACAUGAAAACACGAGACAAUAGAGCUCAUCAGAACAAUCUGAAGCAACUUUGUCGCAUCUGUGGAGUUUCAUUUAAAACUGAUUGCUACAAGAGAACUCAUCCAGUGCAUGGGCCAGUGGAUGAUGAAACUCUGUGUCUUCUGAGAAAGAAAGAAAAAAAAGCAACCUCUUGGCCAGAUCUCAUUGCUAAGGUUUUCAAGAUUGAUGUGCGAGGGGAUGUUGAUACUAUCCAUCCCACUCGGUUUUGUCACAACUGUUGGAGUACUGUCCACAGAAAAUACAGUAAUACCCUGUGUGCAGUAUAUUUUCCUAGGAACAGCAUGAUGGAGUGGCAACCUCACUCCCCAAACUGUGAUGUAUGCCAUACUACCAGUCGAGGGGUCAAGAGAAAAAGCCAGCCAUCAAGUGUACAACAAGGCAAACGUGUGAAGACCGUUGUGGAACGUGCUCGACUAAACAGAGGUGUAAAGAACCAGGCACAGAUAAAAAACAAAAAUGUAAUGAAAGAGAUUGUCAAUUGCAAGAAUAUACAUCUCAGCACCAAGCUGCUUGCACUUGAUUACCCAGUAGAUUUCAUUAAAUCAAUUUCUUGCCAGAUUUGUGAGCAUAUUUUGGUAGACCCAGUGGAAACAACAUGCAGACACUUGUUUUGCAGAACUUGCAUCCUUAAAUGUAUCAAGGUUAUGGGCAGCUAUUGCCCCUCCUGCUGGUAUCCUUGCUUCCCUACUGAUCUGGUAACCCCAGUGAAAUCCUUCCUGAACAUCCUUGAUAGCCUGGGUAUAAGAUGCCCUGUAAAGGAAUGUGAUGAAGAGAUUUUGCAUGGAAAAUAUGGCCAACACCUCUCCAACCACAAGGAGAUGAAAGAUAGAGAGCUCUAUAGCUACAUAAAUAAAGGUGGCCGACCAAGGCAGCAUCUCCUAUCUUUGACAAGGAGAGCUCAGAAACAUCGUCUAAGGGAACUGAAACGUCAAGUCAAGGCUUUUGCUGAGAAAGAAGAGGGUGGUGAUAUAAAGGCUGUAUGCAUGACUUUGUUCCUUCUAGCUUUAAGAGCAAAGAAUGAACACAGACAAGCAGAUGAAUUGGAGGCUAUAAUGCAAGGGAGGGGAUCUGGACUUCAUCCUGCUGUCUGUCUGGCAAUCCGAGUCAACACGUUUCUCAGCUGUAGCCAGUACCAUAAAAUGUAUAGAACUGUAAAAGCUGUCACUGGGAGGCAGAUCUUCCAGCCCUUGCAUGCUCUUCGCACUGCUGAGAAAGCCCUCCUGCCAGGUUAUCACCCAUUUGAGUGGAAACCUCCCUUGAAAAAUGUAUCCACUAAUACAGAAGUAGGAAUUAUAGACGGUCUAUCAGGAUUGCCACUCUCAGUUGAUGACUACCCAGUAGACACAAUUGCAAAGAGAUUUCGAUAUGAUGCAGCCUUGGUUUGUGCCUUAAAGGACAUGGAGGAGGAGAUCUUGGAAGGCAUGAAAGCAAAAUAUCUGGACGACUAUUUGAAUGGUCCCUUCACUGUAGUAAUAAAAGAGUCCUGUGAUGGAAUGGGAGAUGUCAGUGAGAAGCAUGGAAGUGGGCCUGCUGUCCCAGAGAAGGCUGUUCGCUUUUCGUUCACAGUUAUGAACAUUGCUAUAGCACAUGGGAAUGAAAGCAAGAGGAUCUUUGAGGAAGUAAAGCCAAAUUCAGAGUUGUGUUGCAAGCCCUUGUGCCUUAUGCUGGCAGACGAAUCAGAUCAUGAAACUCUAACGGCAAUCCUGAGCCCCCUCAUAGCAGAAAGAGAGGCUAUGAAAAACAGUGAGCUGCUGCUUGAAAUGGGAGGCAUCCUGAGAACAUUCAGAUUUGUCUUUAGGGGUACAGGAUACGAUGAGAAACUUGUGCGGGAAGUGGAAGGGCUGGAGGCCUCAGGUUCCACUUACAUUUGUACCCUGUGUGAUGCAACCCGCUUGGAGGCAUCCCAAAAUUUGGUCUUCCACUCCAUAACCAGGAGCCAUGCUGAAAAUCUGGAGCGAUAUGAAAUAUGGAGGUCCAACCCAUAUCACGAAUCUGUUGAUGAGCUCCGUGACAGAGUGAAAGGUGUUUCAGCCAAACCUUUUAUUGAGACUGUUCCCUCCAUAGAUGCAUUGCACUGUGACAUUGGCAAUGCAACAGAAUUCUACAGGAUUUUCCAGAUGGAGAUUGGUGAACUUUACAAGAAUCCCGAUGUGUCUAAAGAGGAGAGGAAGAGGUGGCAAUUGACUCUUGACAAACACCUCAGGAAGAAGAUGAACUUGAAGCCUAUGAUGAAGAUGAGUGGAAAUUUUGCUAGAAAGCUCAUGUCCAAAGAGGCAGUAGAGGCAGUAUGUGAAUUAAUAAAGUGUGAGGAAAGGCAUGAAGCCCUAAAAGAACUAAUGGACCUUUAUCUGAAGAUGAAGCCAGUGUGGCGAUCCUCAUGCCCUGCCAAGGAGUGCCCAGAACUGCUGUGCCAGUAUAGCUACAAUUCACAGCGUUUUGCUGAGCUCUUAUCUACAAAGUUCAAGUACAGAUAUGAAGGCAAGAUUACAAAUUAUUUCCACAAAACACUUGCUCAUGUUCCUGAAAUCAUUGAAAGAGAUGGGUCCAUAGGGGCCUGGGCAAGUGAAGGAAAUGAGUCUGGAAACAAACUGUUUAGGAGGUUCCGAAAAAUGAAUGCCAGGCAGUCCAAAUUCUAUGAGAUGGAGGAUGUCUUGAAGCAUCACUGGCUAUAUACCUCUAAGUACCUCCAGAAGUUCAUGAAUGCUCAUAAAACAUUAAAAAGCCAGAGCUUCACCAUUGAUUCAGAGGAUAGUUUAGGUGACUCCUUGCCAGUGGAGGUCUUGGGGAAAAAAUGAUUCAGCAGUAUUCUAAAUGUAAACCACCUUUGGUGUUGGGUUUGUAAUGAUGUCCUUCUGCAAGGAAGCAGAUUCUUUUUCAGAUCUGCAGAGGUACAGGGAAGUCUGAAAUGAUCAUUUUUACACUCCCUAUCAAAGGUGCUGAGAGGAGUUUAAUAAAUGCUAUGCCUGUUGGGAGUUUCCAAGAGACAAUGCACUGGUGCAUUUACUAGUUGUUAAAUGACAUGAAAGCAGAAACAAAUUGCAAAGAAGGGUCUCCGUUUUGUUUUGUUCUUGAGUGUUGUUUCUAAGUGAUAAAAUCAAAGUAAACAAGGUUUUAUAGAGAUUAUUAUUUUGGAAGGAAUAUGAUUCUGGAGAGUUAAGACAGUUGCUGAAAAAGGGAGCAUGGCUGUUUGUUCUGUUUUACUUUUUAGAACUAUUUUGCUAUUUACUUUUCAAGAGGGUUUGAUUAUUUUAUUGAUGAUUCUUUGGCUUUUAUAAGCAAAGAUUCAUCAGUAAGACACUUGGAUAAUUGAUUUGGCAUAAAGUUCAGUUAUUUUUGUAUAAAAUACUGACUAAAGAUGCAAACUUUGAUCUCAUAUGUUCUAAAAAUAUUAUUCAACAUAUAUAUAUUGUAGUACUGCUUAGGAGCAGAUGGUGAUAUCACCGUGCUAAUUUACUAUAUGAAGAUAUAGGAAAGGUAGCUGAAGUUUUCAAAAUAUAUUUUU